CCUCUCGGGGCUGUGCCCUGCGUCCCUGCGACUCUGUGCCUCCGUUUCCCCGACGGGGAGUGGUUCUCCGCGGGCGCUCUGCCCGUGCGCUCUCCCCGGCCUCGCCCCGCAGCGCUGCCCGCCCCUUUCGAUCCGCUUCCCAGGUGGAGUCCGCACCUGACAACAGGCAGGCUGCGAGGUCGCCGGCGCGAGACCCCUACCUUUGGAAGCCUGUUCCCAGCUUCCUCGGGCGAGCCUUACUCUUAGGAGACGUUUGCUAGUUAGCUGUUAAAUCGCUGAUUCGGUGAGUGGUGUUCAGGGUUCCGUGAUGGCAGGGUUCAGGGCAGGGACUCGGGUCCUGUCCUCCCUCCCUCCGAGGCGCGUCACUGUGUCCAGAUACCGCGCAGGCACUGGGGACCCCGGGAGAGAAAGGACCUACACCACGGGUCCCGCCUUCGUGGGGCUCACACUUCAACGGGGGAAAAGCAGUGGGAAUGUAAAACGCUAAUCCGCUAGGGACGGAGGCUUGCGAGAAGUACCUGCCCUUAUGAUAAACAGAAAACCAAACGCAUUGCCGUCAAGUAGAUUCUGUGGCCCUAUAGGACAGGGUAGAACCGUAACCCUCGUGGAAGCAGACUGUGACAUCCUUCUCCCGUGGAGCGGCCGGUGGAUUCGAACUUCCGGCCUUUGGGUUAGCAGCCAAGCUCUAACCACUGCGCUACCAGGGCGCUUUGCCAUUAUGAUGAACGUGCUGAACCAUCUGAAGGAGUCCUGUUCACUGAGGGGAGCGAAGGGGUGGGCGCCUGGGCCUCCUGACUAAAGUGAAACAUGUGCAGGGAACCUAAGAACUGAAAGAUGACAGGUGCAGCCAGGGUGCCAGAUAAGGCUGGGUGAUAGCUGACCUUGUGAGCCUUUUAAAGGACUUUAGCCUCCAUAAACACAGAAAGCCUUUGUUGUUGGGCAGUGGGAAUGGGAGUUUUGAAAUACGAAGAAGGGAAGUACUACAUCCCAAAAAGGAGCCCUGGUGGCUCAAUGGUUAGGUGUUAGUGCUGGUUUACUAACCGAAGGGUUCCAACCCAGCAGCCACUCUGGGGGAGAAAAGACUUGGGAAUCCGCCCCCAUGAAGAUUACAGCCUAAGAAACCCCAUCCAAAAAAAAAAAAAAGAAACUUGUUGCCAUGGAGUAGCGACCCUACAAGACAGAGUAGAACUGCCGAAUAGGGUUUCCAAGGACGGGCCGGUGGAUUUACACUGCCGACCUUUUGGUUAACAGCCCAGCUCUUAACCCCUGCUCCACCAGGGCUCCGAGAAACCCUGUAGGGCAGUUCUCCCCUGACGUAUACGGUUGCUAUGAGUUCGGCCCACAACAACAACGUUCCAAUAGAAUAAACACUUCAGUUUGGGGACUCAGACUUCACUAACAUAUUUAAAGCAUACCUGGUCAGGAAGAUGGGAUGGGGAAAAGUGUUCUUUUUUUCUCAUGCUUUCGAUUAAAUUGAAUCUCUACUUGCUCCUUUGAUGUCAAACAAUAGCAGUGAUUCAUGCUCAAAUAAGCCACAGCUCUGAAUAGGCAUGCUUGCUCUAAAUUAAUGACAAAAGGUUUUUACAAGCUAUUGCAUUAUAAACUUGGAGGCAUAAGUCAAUGUCUGCCUUAUUCUCUAAUGAACGCCCAGUGCCUAGCUUAUAACCCAUUGCUGUCGAGUUGAUUCUGACUCAUAGAGACCCUACAGGACAGAGCCUCGUAGGGUUUUCAGGGAGCAGCUGCUGGACUCCAGCAGCCGACCUUUAGGUUAGUAGCUAGCUGAGCCCUUAACUUCUGUACCGCCAGGGCUCAUGGUUGAUGCCUAUAAACAUUUGAAUGAGAAUGAAGGAGGUAAUUAUUCUUAGCUCCUUGGCCUUAACUUUUAGAAUAUAUCUAAUAAAAAAUUUUUUUCUAAAUAAAUUGUUGCAUGUUAAAUGUGAUAUUUCACCUUUGAAGUAAUUCAUUUCAAAAGAAAAUACACAGUUCUAGUUUGCCCUUAAACAAAUAUUUUGAAUUCAUUGUGGGUUUUUUUGUUUGUUGCUGUUCUUGCUGUUAUCUUGUCUAAACAAUUUUCCUCUCUCUCCACCCCCUUAAUGAACUUAUUGUCUUCUUAUAUUCAUUUAAACUUGGAAAAACUUAAGAACUGAAGGGCAGUACCUAUAUGUGUUGCAUAUUCUGAAAAGCUAAAUUUGAAUUAAAUUAUGAGGGACAAUGUAGUAACCUUCAUAUUUAUUUAAAUCAUUUUAUGCAAGCUGGAAAAAUGUCUGAUUUAUAUAAUCUGGGUUUUGAAAUCUACCUUGACCUUCUCAAAAGAAAGAUGUUUAUACAAUAUUUAUACCACAAUAUUUAUCAUUUCUAACAGAUGAAUGGCGUUGCAACAGACACUUCUUUGUGAUUUGUGGGUACUUUAUAUGGAGAGCCAAGGGGAGGUUCAUGGUUAUAAUUUUGAAUCCCAUUAUUCUUCCCCAGCCCCACAGAGUAUAUUCUUUUCCCCAUAUAGUUUGGGGCCAUUGUUUUAUAGUGAACGUGAAAACUCUCAGACUGAAAGUAAUUUUGAUUGAAAUUUAUUAAUCUCUUUUUUCCUAAGCCUUUCAUCCCUGUGUUUUUCAAUGUAAAGUUAGAUUUUGCCAUAAAAGUAGCAGCCCUAAGGAGCCUUCUGGAGUUACCAAUAUAGAGACCACCACCCCAAGAGGCAAUAAUGCCAGCUGAAGGAGGAAAAUCCGAUAUGGAGAGGAUUGGCCUCUUCAGUGAGAUGGAAUAUAUUACCGUUGGUGAUAAAUAUGUGUCACCACAUAGUCGAGCAUUUAAUGAGGCUGCAAGCAAAAAUAAACAAAUGCUACCUGGGGGAUCCAAAGCAAUGUCAGAUCUCCAGCAGGGCUAUUUUGAUCCCCAUUUUGUAAGGAUUUUUGAAGGUGAAGGCUACAUAAAUCUGAACCAAGUGAGGCGUCGGCAUAUGAUGGAAGAAGCCAAAAAAAACCUAGGCAAACCCUUUCUCCCUAGUAAUGGAGAGAAAAAGCCGUGUGGAUUUGGAAGCUACUACGGAACAAUAGGCGGCCCAGUCCCGUUCUUCAGUGCACAGUUAAAACCCAGAGAAAAAUAUCGAGCACCUGGAAAGAACUUAUAUACAAACCCAGGAAAGAAAGGAACUGGAUAUGGCUAUGCAAAUCUUACCAUUGGUAAACAGCCUUCACACUCUGCUGAUUUCUACGAUGAACCAAAACUAACGAGUAAGAAAGAGAAUGAAGCACACCGUCAUUUACUUAAAGGGUCACCUUUCAAGUUAAAUUCUUACCCAAAGGAAUAUUUUGACAAUAAUCCUUAUUUUUCUAAUAAACCUUUACCACCAAUUAAAAAAGCAGAGAAGCGAGGAUCAGUUGCAACCCCUUUUAAGCCCUCUUCUCCUGGUAAAAAGGCUGGUGGAAUGAAGGCAGGAACAUUUGACCCUUUUCCUUCACACUCUGCUGACCCGUAUGUGAUUAAAAUGCCAAGACAGAUUUCCGGCAAAAUUGAUAAGAUUUUUCAUCCACCAGGUGGACCAAAAAGCAGACCAAUGAUAAGUAUAAUGACUUUAAACGUCAAAAGGUAGGAAUAUCUUACAUUUAACCCAUAAACCAAGAAAAAUUGUUUUCAACUUUUAGACUUCUUCGAAAGAAUACAUUUUAUACAUGCCUUUAAAAAUGACAGAUUUUGGCAACUUUAGAAGUUAUUCUUUUCCAUCUUCCGAAAUACUCAGUCGAGGAAGCUUAAUUUAUCUGUACCAAACUACCCUGUCCAUAAUUUUUAAGCAAAUCUAUGAUGCUUUAUUUUAAGUCAUUGGGGCUAUUUAGAUACAUGAAAUACAUUUAGUGGUACAUGUUACCAGUGUCUGUUUCUCACAGGGCGCUUUUGGCCCUUGUU